UUUACCGGAAAUGGUGUAAUGCGCUGCACGACCAGGCUCCACCUUCCACUCUAAAAUAGUUAAUUUAGCUAGCUAGCUUCAUUCUUUCUUUUAGAUUAGAUUAAUUAUGUUCUUAUUCCGCGGUUUGUGGUAUUUACUAACCACGUUUUAGUAAAAAUCGACUCGAAAGGUUUGUAAAAAUAUUACUUGCACGUUCUUUUGGGCCAAAAAUGGCUCGAAUUAGGUGACGGGAAACGUGUAGUAUUUAUCGUGGAAACGCUUUGCAUCGGCUACAGUUUAGCUUACACUCUGCUUUAAAAAAAAAAAAAAUGAAGAACAAACCGGCAGCCAAGACCCGCCAUGUAGUUGCCUGGAUCAACAAAGCGGAGUGGGACCAAGUGUUGGACUAUCUGUAUUCAAAGGAUGCUGCCUUACAGAAUUAUGCACUACAGCGAAUAUCUGCGUGGAAGGGAAGGUUUGGACAUAACACUCCAGUUGCAGUAGAGAGCACCGCUGAUCUUGUGCGAUGCCAAGUCCUGGACAGUUCAGGGCAACUGGACUCUGAUGACCUCGUGUUGCUUUAUGGAAUGGCUCUUGUGAGGUUUGUCAAUCUUAUUACAGAACGGAGACAGGGACGAGUAGCCAAACCUCUUAGACGCCUGGCCGGUAAUAUGAACAUUCCAGAAUGGAUUGUAAACCUUAGACAUGACAUUACUCAUCGACGGCUUCCAACACUCAAAUGGUGCCGGAAAGGCUGUGCUUUUGUGCUUCAGUGGCUCCAGCAGGAGUACUGGUCCAGACAGCUGGGCAGUCGGCUGUCGGAGGACUGGGACUCUGAGUCUGAAGAGGAGGAAGAUGAAGAGACCUGGGCACGAAGACGAGAGGAAGACCUCCUCACCCAACAGAAAGAGACCGAGAACCACAAAAAAGCCAGAGAACUGCUGAUCUCCUAUGAAAAGGAACGCUUUCAGAUGUACGAGGAGUGGCUGAAGCGCGGCUCACCACAUGGGGCAUGGCUGGAGCCCAGCGCUGACCUUAGCUGGAACUUGAAGCAAAUCAAGCUGUUUGCAACAGAAUCAAGAGAGAUCUUUACUGAUACAUUGGUUCAGGAUGGAUUUCUUAUACCUACUCAAGAACAGCUGGAAUCCCUGGAUAUAGAUCCAACAGGAUGUUAUGAUCCACUGAGACCGUGUGUUCCACGUGUGUUCCUGCAGUUCUGGCUUCCCCUGCUGAAGGGCUUGAACAGGGUAACCUUCAUCCGCCGGGUCCUUGAAAAGCUAUUUGCUGAGCUCUCGGCCGAGCCAGAUCCCCACAGGAGCUUUUACCUCUCCGCGUGGAUCUCAGAGGUUGUGCUCUGCAACAGCAAGAGUUUAUUUAAAGUGAAGAAGAAAUCCCAAAUGAUGGAGCUCUUUGUGAACAGAAUGCAGCUUGGGUGGCAGCAACUUCUAACGACAUGUUUAAAUUCUCCGUGCGCUGCUACUCCCUACCUUUUACAACUGUUACUAAAAGACAUGGACGAGCCUCCACCACCAGAUACACAGGAAAAGCUGCUCCGCCUGUCCAGCAUCUACACACAGGGAGAGUACCACGACACCCACGGCCAGCCCGACCCUUCCAAACACGUUUACACUCUGCAAAACCUGAAGGAGAAGCUCAGGAGAGAUGGUAACUCCGCCCAUGGGUUGGGCCCAGGGUUGUCACUGUCCUAUCGCAGUGCCUCCUCUGCCCAGAGCCUUCCCACUGAGGACCUGCAGGAGAAGUUGAGUGCCAGUGUCCUAGAGCAGAGACAGGCAGCUUUGCGUGGGUCACCGUGGCAGGUGUGCACAGAUAAAGUCCCCUGGAAAUUUUACCCACUGGGAAAGGUUCCUGGCCAGUCGGAGGACCCUUCAUGUUUAAUGGUAGAGACGUACUCUACAGUCACCGUCUUUGACCAGCAGGUUGAGCUCGAUAAAACUCCCCAACACCAUUUGAAUCCAAGUAUUCACAGCCAGAACAGAGCAGGUUCUGACGGACAGCUUUGGAGCCUUGCAGAACUGAACAAACUCAAAUCUGGACUGAAGCUGUUUUGAUUGUAAUUUCCUAACCUUGCCAGGCUUUACUUGUACAUAUUUUUGACUGAAAACGGUGGAGUCUGUAAGACUUGAACUCUUACAGGCUUCCUUUGAUUCAUAAAAUAAAUUUCAUUUUCCAGUUUUGA